AUGAUGGGAUACGGGGGCCAGCAGUAUCAUCAUCAGCGUCAAUCACAGCAAAAUCCCCAUCCCCAGCAGCAGCACCAUCUGCAAUCGCCUUCGCUGAGCGGGGCCGCUGCGCAAUCAGCCCAUGGCAGCAAUGGCAUUGCUGCCAACGGUUCCCUGCUCCGGGGCCAGCAGCAGUCAGAGCUGGCGACUAAUUCGCCCGAUCUGAGGAAGAUGACUCCCUCGUCGACGGGGUCGAUGGUCGGGUUCACCGCGGGAGGUGGCUAUGGCACCUACGGUCAUUAUGCGCCUCAGGGUACCUCGGAUCUUUUGUCUAGGCAUACCGACUCCGUCGGUCAAUUGAAAGACCCGUAUCUCUCGCAGAUACAAAGUCUGCAGAGGAACAUGAAUCCCAUGGCAAACUUUCGUGCGCACCCGGCCAUGAACCCUCAAGCCGCCAUGUCGCCACAUGCUCAAGCUAUGAGUAUUUCGUCUCCGCAGCAGUCUUACGAGAGGUUGCAACAACAUCCCCAUAUGCAGCAUCGACAGACAUCCCAUACACAUCCGUCUGUGACUUCGCCUGCUGCUGCGUCGCCCAUGCUUGCAACUACUCAACCUCAGCAAACUCAGCAGCAAUACCAGCAAGCGCAACAGCAGCAGCAACCACAGUAUCCGCAAUCCUCACAGCAGACCCCGUAUCAACAGGCCCACGCGCAACCGUCUCCAUACCAACAGCAUCAGUCGUCUCCGUUUCAACAGCAACAGGCGCAGGCAUCGCCAUACCAGCAGACGCAGCAGACUUAUCAGCAGCAGCAAGCUCAGCAGACUUAUCAACAGCAACAGCAAGCUCAGCAGUCACGGUAUCAGGCGCAGCAGCCGCAGCAGCAUCAGUUCCAACAGUAUCCGUAUCAGCGGUACCAGCAGGCUCAACAGGCCCAACAGGCGCAUGCACAGCAAGCACAACAGACACAGGUACAGCCAACACAGCCGGCACAGCAUGUCCAGCAGCAGCCUCAGCAGACUCAGCAGCACAACCGCCAGGAAGCAACACAGACGCAGCAGUCUCAACAACCGCACGAACAAGCAGUGCAGCAAGCUUUGCAGCAGCAUCGCCAGACUCAGCAGCAAGCCCAGCAACAUCAGAGGCAGUCUCAGCAGCCGAAUCCCUACGCCCAGCAGGUACAGCAGCAUACGCAUCAGUUCCAUCAGCAGCAACAGCAAAAGCAAGCGACGCCAUCAAUCCCACCAGCUACUUUGAGCGGAGGAGCAAAGCCUGCAGCUCAAGAACCCAAAAAGGAGGAAACGAAACCGACGAAGAAGCGUGGUAGGCAGUCCAAAGCCGCUGCCGCUGCCGCUUCUGCGUCGCCUGCGGCCACUGCAGGCAAGAUCAACGGAACGACGAAACCAACACAACCCACCUAUCGUCCCGAGGCUCCAUCACCGAUUCAGUUUGUGCCUCAGCAUCCGCAUCUUCCGCAGACUCAGGCCCAUACUCAGGCUCAUACUCUUGCUCACACUCAGGCGCAGGCGCAGGCGCAGGCUCAACCCUAUCCUCAAGUCCAGCCUCAGCCCCAGUUUCAACCACAAGCUCAGGUGCAUAAUCAGUUGCAGAACCCCGCAGCUGUCCAAGGCAAGACCCAGGGCCAAGGCCAAAGCCAAGGUCAACCGCAGGCCCAAGGCCAGGCUCAGAGCCAACAGCAAGGUCCGGCGGGUCCAGCGGGCGUGGCGGACCCAGCUGCUCCAGGUGCUUCACAGCAACCUGCUCCUACACCCCGGAAACGCGGCCGUCCACGGAAGAAUCCCUUGCCCGAUGGAACACAGCCUCCAAAGCCGAAGCCUAAGAAAUCCGCUUCGUCCGCUGCGGGUGCGCCCGCGCCUGCCGCCGCUGGCGGUGCCCCGGCCGGCACGGUCGUUCUCGGACCCGGUCCCAACGCUGCCCCUGGCGCAGCUACCGCUCCGGGUCCUGCCCCGGUUCCUGGCCCCKAUGGUACUAUCCCUGCUGUUCCUGUGAAACGAGGCCGCGGACGUCCCCGUAAGUCAGAGACAGCCGCAGGCACAGCCCCCAAACCCAAAACACCGCGCAAGCCAUCCACCACGAAACCGGGCGGCACUGGCCGGCCACGCGGUCGUCCUCGCAAGGCCGAUGUGGAAGCACGGAAGCGAGCCGAAGCCGAAGCUCAGGCCAAAGCCGAGGCAGAGGGGCAAGCCCAAGGACAGGGACAAGGACAGGGGCAGGGGCAGGGACAGGGACAGGGACAGGUUCCGGCGCAGGUUCCGGCGCAGGUUCAAGCUCAGGCUCAAGCUCAGGCACAGCCGCUGCCACAGGCGCAGUCGCAGGCCCCAGCUCAAUCUCAAAUGCAGAUUCCCGUCCAGCCUCAGCACCACGUCCAGCCGUCACCUCAACCUCAGCCGCAGCAUCUCCAGCAUCAGGCGUCUCCGCACCUGCACGCUCACGCGCAUGCCCUCGCGAACCCGCAUCAGCAUGGUCACCAGCAACAACAUCCCCACCAACAACACCAGCCGUCCGAUCCCAUGAUGUUAAACCCGCCCCAGAAGCGCGGCCCGCCCAUGGACGCGAAUGACCCGCGCAAGCGCGCCUACCUCAUACCUCAUCAGCUGGCGCAGAUGACGCCGCAGAUGCAUCCACAGAUGCACCCACAAAUGCCCCCGCACAUGUCGCCGCACAUGUCGCCGCAUAUGCCCCAGCAGAUGUAA